AUGACGAGUAUGACGAAAGAUUAUUACGAGCUCGAUCCUGACGGAGAUGUUAUCAUCAUUUUCACCACGGCUGAUCCAGACAAUGCGAAUCAAGCUUCCGGCCCCAACGCUGUCCCGCACGAGUCCACCAAACCGGCUCAGGUCACUUGUGGCUCGGUCGAAAGCUCCUCGACUUCGGUUGCCGAUACAAGAGCGCAGAAACCUGAGCAGGAGGUUGGAAAUCAGACGAAAGCCGCCGCAAAAAAUGCCAGGGCAGUAAAAAUGAGGCUAGUAAAAAUGAGGGUCUCGUCAAAACACCUUUCUCUGGCCUCUCCGGUGUUCAAGAAGAUGUUACAUGGGCCGUGGAAAGAAGCUCAGGGCCUUCGCCUUGGAGACUUGGAAAUAGAGAUGAACUGGCAGAACAUGGACGCCAUGCUGAUAUUGAUGAAUGCCAUCCAUGGGAAUUGGCCUGAUAUCCCUCGUGAUGUGAGUCUUGAGAUGCUAGUGGAGAUGGCUACUCUCGUGGACUAUUACAACUGCCGGAAGGCUAUCGACCAUGCAUUAGAGCAUUGGACUCGAAAAUUACUGGGUGGAGCUGCAAAUGCAUCCUCUGACGACAUUGUUCGGUGGAUUUGGGUCUCUUGUGUUCUUCGAUCCACUCGAGUAUUCAAAUCUGCAACAUGUCGCGCUGUUACGCAGAACAAGGGUCCGAUCUCCACUCUCGGUUUGCCCAUCCCUCAGCCCUUCAUAGAUGCGAUCAACAAGAGACGUGAACACGGCAUCAAGACUACACUGUACUCUCUUCGUCGUCUGGUCACCGAUCUGCGAGAUGGUCGAACGUCAUGCUCCUUUGAAUGCGACUCCUUCCGACUCGGCGCUCUCACCAAACAACUACACGGGCAAGGGUUCCUAAAGCCGGUAGAUAAAGCCAACAUCCCUAGCAUUAGUCUGGAUCAACUGAAGAACUUCCUUCUCAACCUAAAGAGCCCAGCCUGGCGGGAGGUCACUUCAAAACGCCGUCGCGAUCAAGAUCAGCACCAUGGGCAUCCUUGCACCCUACAGUCUCUGAUAGCGCCUAUCUUGUGCAACUUGAUCUCCCAUAUGACAGGGUACGAAUACUCAGAAUUCAAGCAGCUGUCAUAG